AUGGACGCCUCCUCCCUCCGCAUCUCCAAGUUCGAUGGAACUAACUUCCACGCCUGGAAGUUCAAGAUGCAGAUGGUGCUUGAGGAGCAAGACCUAUGGGAGGUCGUCUGCGGGGAGAUCAAGGCGGAACAGUGCGAGACUCAGUUGGACCAAGCGACGUACAAGAGGAAGUCAAGAAAGGCGAUGGCAGUGAUCUGUCUAGCCAUGGAAGAUUCCCAGCUACCGUUGGUCCGGUCGGCAAGUGGUGCAUGCGACGCAUGGUCAAGGUUGGAAGACCACUUCGAGAAGAAGAGUCUUGCCAACAAGCUGUUCUUGCGCCGUCGCUUCUUCACAACUAUGAUGGAAGAAGGUGAUGAUGUGCUCGAACACAUCAACAAGCUCAAGACGCUGGCGGAACAGCUAGAAGCGGUGGGGGCUCCAGUCUGCGAGGACGAUCUGGUGAUCACACUUCUCGGCAGCCUGAGUGACUCGUAUCAAUUCUUGAUCACAGCUUUGGAGUCGCGCUCAGACACUCUUAGCUGGGGAGCUCGUGACAUCUCGACUGCUUCAUGA